UCCUAUGAAAACUGCUUGUGUUGUACUUUAAUAAACAGCUUCCUCAAACAGACUUCUCUUUGCAGGUGUGAGGCGUUGCCAUAAUGAGGAUUUGUUGCCUCCAAAUAAUGCUGCUGUCAGUGGUUCAGCUGUUCUUCUCAUAUUGUUCCUUGGCUGCUUUCUCAGUCCAGAACAAUUUCUUCUAUCAAGACAUUUUCAGGGCAAAUGGCAAAAAAGAAAUUUAUUUCAGUGAUGUGAGGCUCCAUGUGGACUCUGCUCAGCCAUCAGUGUUUGCAGUCAGAGGGGGUAACACUACCCUUCCAUGCAGGUUUUGGUACGAGCGCAAGCCAAGCUCACAGAGGGAGGCUCGGAUCAAGUGGUCCUGGCUGCCUGCUUCUGGUAGACAUGAGGAGGACGUGCUGGUGGCUAUUGGCUCACAUAUUCGAAGUUUUGGAGUCUUUAGGGGCCGCGUGGAGCUCAGACAAGAUUUCCCUGGAGAUGCUGCACUUGUGAUGACUGACCUUCAGCUGAAUGAUACUGGUCGAUACAGAUGUGAGGUGGUGGAUGGAUUAGAAGACAAGAGCGCAACAGUUCAUCUGGAGUUACAAGGUGUGGUGUUUCCCUACCAGCACCCUCGUGGCCGAUACCAUCUGAGCUUCCUGGGAGCCCAACAGGUCUGUGAGGAACAGGACUCCACACUGGCCACUUUCACACAACUUUUUCAGUCCUGGAAAGAGGGUCUGAACUGGUGCAACGCAGGCUGGCUGGCUGACGGGACAGUCCAGUACCCCAUCACACAACCGAGAGUGCCUUGUGGGGGGCAUAGCCUCGCUCCAGGAGUGCGCAGCUAUGGCAGAAGACACCUGAAGCUUCAUCGCUAUGAUGUCUUCUGCUUCUCUUCUUCAAUCAGAGGGAAAGUUUACUAUCUUGAGUCCUCUCAAAAGAUGAACCUGACUGAGUCUCAGCGGGCCUGUCAGGAGGAUGGAGCAGAGAUAGCCAAAGUCGGGCAGUUGUACGCUGCCUGGAGGUUCGCAGGUCUGGACCGCUGUGAUGCAGGAUGGCUGGCUGAUGGAAGUGUUCGGUAUCCCAUCAGCAGGCCACGUAGAAACUGUGGUCCUCCUGAGCCGGGGGUACGCAGCUUUGGUUUCCCCCCUCUGCAGCACAAACAUGGAGUCUACUGCUACAAGUUAGAUGAUUGAGCAAAUGGGGUAAAUGGCUUUAAACACUGCAAACUGCUCAACCUGCAGCUAAAUGACC